GAAAUGUGAAGGGAUGGGUUUGAAGAUCAAAAGUUACCUCCCUUGACGCACAUGUUGUCUCCAGAAACUUCUGAAAAGAUGGCGGAAGCACAAAAACAGCAGGUAGAGGAGCUAAAGAACAAAGGGAAUAAGGCGUUGGAAGCUGGUGACUGUGAGGAGGCAGUGUCUCUCUACACCUCUGCUCUCAACCUCUCCCCUAAGAACCACGUUCUGUAUAGUAACCGUUCAGCAGCUUACGCCAAAGCUGGCAAGUACCUCGAGGCCCUGGAUGAUGCAGAGAGGUGCAUCGAGGCAAAGCCCGAUUGGGCAAAGGGGUUUUCUAGGAAAGGGUCGGCCUUGUUUGGUUUGAAUCGGUAUGAAGAAGCGGUGCUGGCUUAUCAGGCCACUCUAGAUCUGGAACCUAACAAUCGCCAGGCCAAGGAAAUGAUGGCAGAGGCUCAGGCAAAGCUAACAGGGCCUGCAGGCAGUCAACCCAUCAACAACCCAUUCAUGAUGCCAGAUCUCUGGGAAAAACUCGAGAAGAAUCCCCAAACUAGAGAGUUGAUGAAGCAGCCAGAUUACAGAGAGCUUGUGGAGGACCUGAGGAGAAAUCCCCUGAAUCCUCAACGAAUGCAGGACCCUCGAGUUUUGGCUACCCUGGGAGCCAUGUUAGGGGUUGACCUGGACAAAGACUCCAUGCCAACUCCUCCUAAGGCAGACGAACAGUCUGCCUCAAAAAAUGGCUAUGAACCUGUCCACCAAUCACAGUCCACCAGCUCAACGCCUAACCAAUCAGCUAGCACCGAAACUCCACAGUCUAAAUCUGGCCCUUCCUCUCAGGCUCUCCAGGAAAAGGACAAAGGGAAUGAAGCUUACAAGAAGAAAGAUUUUGAAACUGCUCUGGGUCACUACAACAAGGCAUUUGAACUGGACCCUACAAACAUUACCUUUUUGACCAAUAAAGCAGCUGUGUAUUUUGAGAAGGGAGAUUUUGACCAGUGUAUAGAGGUCUGUCAGAAGGCUGUGGAUGUGGGGAGAGAAAACAGAGCAGAUUACAAGCUGAUAGCAAAGGCUUACGCUAGAAUAGGUAAUGCAUAUUUAAAAAAGGAGGAUUUGGAGAGUGCUCUAAACUUUUACAAUAAGUCUGUGUCCGAGCACCGGACACCAGAGCAAGUCAAGAAGAUUCAGGAGGUUAAAAAGUUACUGGAGGAGAGAAAGAGGUUAGAAUACUUGAACCCUGAACUGGCCCUGGAAGAGAAGAAUAAAGGGAAUGAGUUCUUCAAGAAAGGUGACUACCCUCAGGCCAUAAAACAUUACAACGAGGCCAUCAAGAGGAAUCCAGAUGACCCAAAGAUUUACAGCAAUCGUGCCGCGUGCUACACCAAGCUGGCUGAGUUCCGACUGGCCCUCAAGGAUUGCGAGGAAUGUAUUAAACUGGACCCGAAUUUUGUGAAGGGAUAUUUAAGGAAAGGAGCAUGCUGCCUUGGUCUGAAGGAUUCCACGGGAGCCCGUCAGGCUUACGAAAAGGCUCUGGAAAUGGACCCAAAUAAUGAUGAGGCGAGGAAUGGGUAUCGCAGUGCCGUUGUGGCUGAGGGUCAGGACCCCGAGGCGAUCAAGAAGAGGGCAGAGGCCGAUCCUGAAAUAAAACAGAUACUGUCUGACCCAGCCAUGCAGCUUAUACUGCAGCAGAUGCAGACAGAUCCCAAAGCCUUACAGGAUCACCUGAAAAACCCGGAGAUAGCAAGUAAGAUCAGCAAGUUGCUAGAAUGUGGAAUAAUCGCUAUACGCUGAGGUGUUCCCCAACCCUGGCAGACCAAGACUUCUGGUACGCGUCAAUGUUGACAGAGUUGUUGUGCUUGGUUGGGAUAUAGACCGUAUAUAUUCUCUCAGAACCGUGGCUCAUCCAUCAGUGAAAACGUCAUAGGAUUUGAUCAGGACUGGUCUCAAAAAGAAUGUCUAAAUGAAUGAACCAUCGACUGUCUCCAUUCAGACAGAUUUAUCUGUGUAAUAUUGCUGUGGAAAUGUGAUUUUAUCUUCAAUUCAAGGGGCCAUGUGUUAUACUGAAUUUAUUAGAAAUGCAAACAAGUGCUAUUGGUCAGUUAGUGUGAAUAUAAAUGAAAAUUAAGGCAUUUUUAUUCAGACCUCUCGUUCUUAGAUGUACCUACAAAUUGUGUUAGAACAUCUACGUCUAUGUGGCUUAUUUUGUUUGGUCAGUUUUCAUUUUUCAACAGAUACAUCAACAUACACUUGAAAUGAAAGAGAAGUUACAAUACUCCAUGUAUGAAGUGUUCAGAAAGUAAAAUGCGAGAACUCAACAUACAGACCAUUCCACAUGUAAAUGUUCAAGAAAAAUAUUGUUCAGGCCAGGUUGAACACCAGACUACAGUAUUAUUGAGACGGUUCACAAAGAGUUGACUCUGUACCAAGGCAAGAAAUGGAACUUUUCAACAACUUCUCCCUACUGCUAUUGAUGGUGAUAUUAGUGGCUUUAUGAAAAUUUCCCGUUACGAGUAUACCGCACAGAUAUACAUGUACAAGUCAGAUCAUGAAUUUGUUCGUUUUGUUAAGUGAUCUUGGCUAAGAUGACAAAACUUUCAGGAUGACAGUAGGGUUAUUAUUCGAACUUCAAUGUAAAACAUAUUUCAGCAUCUUUUCAGUUCUUUAUCCAUUUGUAUAUAUAGAUAUAUAUCCCUCAAGUGGAAGCUGCACCUCACAAUAGAGAUGUCCGUAAAUGUUACCAGAUAUCCUUGAUUGUUUCCAGAUAUCCUUAAGUGUUAGCAGAUAUCCUUAAAUGUUACCAGGUUGUCAUCGUUCCAGAAUUUGAAUAAAAUUGAAAUAAAGGUAAAUGAGCUUCACAAUC